GGCAACCAAUGUUUCUGACGCAGGCUCUAAUAAGUCUGCCUCAAAAUCUUUGAAUAAAAAGCAUUCAAGCACAAUUUGUAAAAAUUUGUCAAGAGGUGAACUUAGAUGUUGUAUAGCGCUCCCUUUUUUACGCUCUUCAUUAUGGAAAUAA